AUGUGCAGAACCUGGCGCCGCGGUCGUGGAGCUGGCACUCCCUUCCACCCACCUCAACUUGAGGGUUGGAGGUUGAAACACCACCUCACCCCCCACCCCCCCCCCCCCCCCCCCCUCUUCUUCUCUUUUCCUUCCCCCCCUCCUUCCCCCGCCCGCGCGGCAAGAUUGACUACUACUACUAUCGUCACCCAGCCUGCUGAGUUGCUGCCGCCACCUGAGCGAGCGGUGGUGCGAGUGGGGAGGCCGCCAUUCUGUGGAAUGUGGAUGGCGAGGAGGCCGUUGAAAGCGGCGGGAGGGGUUGGGGAGGCGAGAGGGAGGCGGCGAGUGAUGGCGAGGAGCGAUGGCAGGGGGUUGGUUGAGAGGGUGGCGGUGAUGGGCGUGGUGGCGGUGAUGGCGAUGGUGGGGAGCGACGAGGGCCUCACGCAGGGCGGUUGGGCGCAGCGCUGCUUCUGGCGCAGCAGCGGCUGCAGCCGUGGCUUCCUCCCCAUCAUGAUGGCGCACGCUGCUCCCCUUGACCCCACCCAGUGUGAGCGUGUGGUUGCGGGAGUGUGGGAGGGUGCGGGCACGUGCGAGCAUGCGUGCGCCCACGGGCCGGGGCUGCGAGACAUGAAGGCGCAGUGGAGCAGUAUAAUACCUCGCGUCACCGACACCUGGGUGGAGAACGGCGAGUGCGGCGUCUCGACUUUCGCUCAUCUCUCGUGCGACAGUAGUGGCUUUGUGACGAGAUUAGACUUAUCAAGCAACUAUCUAACAGGAUCGCUUCCCGAGACCAUUGGCGGCUUCACCAAACUUCUUUACUUCUAUAUAGACUACAACUCUCUAUCGGGCCCACUCCCAUCGACCUUCUCCAAGCUCGUUUCUCUGAGGGAAUUCGACGCCCACUCCAACAAGAUCAGUGGCCCCCUGCCUGAUGGCAUCGGCGCUCUCACUAACCUGUAUCAACUGUAUCUCUAUGACAACCAACUGGAAGGGCCAAUCCCAUCAUCCUUCACCCAACUGACUGCGCUAACCCUAAUCGAGCUUCAAUACAACCGCAUUACGGGUCCUCUACCAGACAAUCUUGGGAGUGCCUCCAAACUAGUCGCUUUGCGUGCCGGCAACAACCUCAUAUCGGGUUCCCUGCCCUCAACUCUAACAGACACAACUAAUCUCCGUUUCAUUGAGCUGGGGAGCAACGAUUUGAGUGGAACCAUCCCUGCCAGCCUGGGCACUCUUACCACACUAAGCACGCUAGACUUGUCGCGCAACAAAAUCAGUGGCUCCCUUCCUGAUCACUGGACUGCACCUAAUCUUUACUUGAUGGACAUCAGCAACAACCAGCUGUCUGGCACGAUACCGGACGAGAUAACAGGCUUGGUCUACCUCACACUGCUGGACCUGAGCUCCAACCGCCUCACUGGCACCAUACCGCAAGGUCUUGCAAGUCUUGGCAACCUACGAACUCUCAACCUGAGGAACAAUCUACUCACAGGGAAGGUGCUCGAGCCCGUGCCAGCAUCAAUUACGACGUACAAGCUGGACAACAACUACUUGAGUGAGGGGUUCUCCUCCCCUCCGCCCUGUGGGCAAGGCUACAUCACGUACCACAGCAACUGUGCAGGCACACCAGCAGAGGGCCUUGCAUGUGCAGACAGCCCUCAGAAGACUGACCCCGUCUGUACUGCCUUCUGCGGCGUCAACGGCACCGCCUCUCCCCCUGUGCCCGCCUGCAACGGCCAUGGCGUGUGCGUCUUGGACGGCCCCAGCAACACGCCCACAUGCCUCUGUGACGAUAAUUAUGUGGUUGGGGAGUUCCCCGGCAGCUGCGUGCCUGUGGCAGGUGGUAGGACGGAGCAGGAUUUGACGCCCACAGGAGCCAUGCUCACAGCCACAGGAGACGCCUCAGUGAGUGCAGCCACGCUCACUCUCACGCCCGCCCAGCCGUCCAAGGCUGGCAGUGUGUUCCUGGCAGCGCGCGUGCCGCUCUUCUCCUACCAGCUCAUCGGGGACACCUGCGGCCGCCAGCUCGCCUUCUCCUCCUCCUUCUCCUUCACUCUCACCCGCCCUGCUGCCUCCGGCUCCGAAGGCUUUGCCUUUGUGGUGGCCUUUGAUGCCACCCCGCCCACAACACCGGUGGCAGGCGGCAUGGGGUAUGCGGGGAUGGGAGCGCGCAGCGUGGCAGUGGAGUUUGACACGUCGAUGGAUGCGGGCAACAGCGACCCUGACAGCAACCAUGUGGGCAUCAACACCGGCGGCAGUGUCACGUCGGUGGUCACAGCCAAGCCCAGCACCCCUCUCAAUGACGGCACACCCAAGCACGUGUGGAUUGACUACGACCCUUCCUCCAGUGGCUCCCUGCGCGUCUUCCUCUCCUCCCAGGCGUCCCCUCGCCCCACCAAGCCCCUCCUGUCGGCACGCAUCUCCCUGUGUGAGGAGCUCGCCCCAACCACAUCUGAGUACACCUUUGCCAUCGGCUUCACUGCUGCCUCAGGCACACAGGCUCAAAGCCAUGUCGUCUCCGCCUGGACCCUCUCAACGCAUUUUCCUGUCCAGCCAAUUCCAGAUGCAUCGCUGGGUUUUACCUUCAGUGAGGCGGCGCUCUCUCUAUCGGGGAUGAAUCUCUUCUUCCGCUAUGCCAGCUCGGGCAGUGUUGCUGCUCAGACUGGCAAUGACGUGUAUGGUGUGCGCCCUGCAGCUUCAUGGUUCCGUCCAAACUUCACGUGGCCUGUCAGGACUCAAACCACUUGCGGCGACUGCUGGGCGUACGCAGUGGUGGGCAGCAUCGAGGCGGCACUCGGCAUUCUGGCCAACACCUCAGCGGCGCCGGUGCUCUCAGUGGAGCAGCUGAAGGCCGCCAUGAAGGUUGGCUGCUCUGGCAGCACGCCCUCUCAGGCCUUCCAGCUGCUGCUCAAGCUGGCGCAAAAAGGAGGCGGGCUCGUGUUGGAAAGCCAGGGGCCUGCCGAAAAAAGCAAGAAGGCCGUCGUGAAGGCAGGCAGCAGCAGUCCUCUCUGCUCUCCGUUGCUGAAGCCACUGGCAAAGCUGCUUGGUGUGUCGUGCGGGAAUGGUUCUGCUAACCCACAUCUCCCCACUGGAUUCCCCAUCAAGGGUUUUGAGUCGACGUCCUUCUACGGCUGGUUUGGGCUGCUGCUGGCCGUGCAGCGGCAGCCAGUGGUGGUGCACAUUGAGGCUUCCGCCGACACUUUCAAAAACUACGAUGGGGACCCAGCGUGCUUCACGUACAACCUGAACCACGUGGUGCUGCUGGUGGGGUACCGCCUGGUGGGCAAGGACUCGCGCUUCCCCCACAUGGCUCCGCCCUUCUGGAUCAUCCGCAACUCAUGGGGGCCUGACUGGGGCGAUGGGGGCCACAUGCGCAUGGACAUCCAGGGGGGGGAUGGCGUGUGCGGCAUCAACUCGCUGCCAGGCCUCUACCCGGUGGUCAGAGCUCCCAGUGACCCCUGCAACAAAGCCGCCCGUAAUGAUAGCACUGGUUCGUUCUUCAAUCCAUGUGGCAAGUUCAAGUGCAUUGCGAAGGGCAAGACAAACGAGUGUAACUGCAACGACACGCGCUUCAUCCAAGCAACCAAUGCCGAUGGCUCUCGCACAUGUGCCUACAAGGAUGCAUGCAAGGCAGCCCAGCGCAACCCGUGUGCGGUGGGGCAGUGUGUGAAUGACGGGGCGGGGUCGUACUCGUGUGUGUGUCCACCGGGCUUCAGGCAGGGCACCACUGUCGAGGGCACUUACUCCUGUGCUCCAGGUGACACCAACACCACCUACACCGUGCUCUCUCCCAACGUCCGCUGCUCCGAUGUCUUCCCGGUCUACGGCCUCACGCUCGCCGAAUUCCAAACCCAGAACCCAUCGGUGUCGUGUGCAGCACCCAUCCCACCCUCCACUGUGCUCAAAGUGGCCAGCCCAGCCGCUCUCAUCCCCUGCUCCGUCUUCUACACCACUCAGCAGGGCGACACCUGUGCGGACCUAGCAGUGUACUUCCAAGUGCACUGGUCCUGCCCAUCUGACACCUGCAACUCAGCCUUCCAGGCGCUCAACCCCAGCUUGGACUGCAGCGCCAAUGGCGGGCUGCUGCAGCCGGAGCAGGCGGUGUGUGUGGAGCGCAUAAAGAAGAAAGUGGGGCUCAUCCCGGUGUGCUCGCAGUACUACCUGGUGCAGAGCGCAGAGACGUGCGAGUCCAUCCGCAAUGUGCCCUACCCCCCUCUGGCCCCCAAGGACUUCUUCCGUCUCAACCCCGGCAUCAAGUGCAACCGCCUCGUUCCAAACACCGACGUCGACGGCUUCACUGGCUUUGAGGCAUGCAUUGCGAGCUCCACGUCGUACACUCAGGGCACGUGCCCGCGUGCGAAUGCGUAUGUGGUGGGGACAGGCGACAGGUGCACGGCCAUUCAGGUGAAGUACUUCCGGGGCACCAAGGGCUGCUACAGGAAAGUCAACGGAUACGACUGCAUCGACAAGCUCGUCAAAUCAACCCGCGUGUGCCUGCCCGACAAAGUCAAGCUUCAGAAAGGAGUGUGCGACAACUGA